AUGGCACAGACCACCUUGCUUUUCUUUUUUGCCAUCACCUUCACUGCCCUCCUUCACCGCUUCUCGACUAUGCGUGCACGGAGGGCUUCUUCCGACGCUGCCUCGCGGGCUGCAGAAGCCGCCUCUGCGUCGCGGGCUGCCGCUGCCACCUCCGCCGCGAGGCGCGCGGGAAAGGUUCGCGCGCGCGCCGCGGCCGGCGCUCGUUAUAAGAAGGCGCUCCCUCCACACUCUGCCCCACUCGUCUUGUCUCUGCACCACCAUGUCGAUCCGCCGCCUGGGCGCUUCGUUUUUCGCGGAGUCCGCGAGCGCCGCUCCGGCACCUUCUCCUCCGAGAUCUGGUUUCGCAAGAAACGUCUCAUCCUCGGCACCUUCGACACCAUAGAGGAGGCGGCCUGCGCGCACGACGCGGCGGCGUGGUGCCUCCUGAGGCCUCGUCGGGAUAUGAAUUUUCCCGACGUGUCGAGCCAGCGGGCGCAGGAUCUGGCGCCUCUCCCGCGGCUUUUCACCGACGAGGAUCGUCGUGUCCACCGGAGGCGGCAGCGUUGCCUCGCCAUCGCCGAGAUGGACGUGGAAGCCAUGGUGGUGUGGCGCGAACGCUUCCCGCAGGACAUCGUUGACGAGCGCCAGUUCUACAAGCAAAGGAGGUUGGAGAGGGACGCGAGGAGGACGGAGCGAGCCGCCUAUCGGGAGGACAAGCGUUCGCGGAAGCAGGCCGCUCAAUUGAAACUGAAGCUACGAGAAACGUCGGGUUGGGACUUUGAAGAUGAGCAGCAUGCUGACGCCUACAUUCAGACGUCGGAGGAGGACAUUACCGAGUCGGAGUCAGAAAGCGACGAGUAG